AAAAGUAUAACAAGCCCAAAGCAAACAAACAAUUCUUUCCAAAUUUAGUGAAACUAGACUUUGCUACAACAAUGAGCAUGAGCUGGUUAAUAGCAACUUUAGCCAUUGCUGCUUUCUUUUCAUCCCAAUUAGCUUACGCCUAUGAUCUCAACCCUCUACAAGACAUAUGUGUUGGAGAUACAGACUCUAACGGUUCUGUAUUCAUGAAUGGACAGUUUUGCAAAGACCCAAAGCUUGCAAAAUCAGACGAUUUCUUUGCUUCAGGUCUUAAUAUAAAAGGAAAUAUAGCGCUCCCUAAGUGGGGCUAUUCUGUGACUAUUUUGGAUGCAAUCACAAUGCCUGGACUCAACACUCUUGGUAUUUCUAUAUCUCGUGCUGACUUAGAACCGAAGGGUCUAGUCCCAUUUCACACACACCCUCGAGCUACCGAGCUUAUAACUAUAUUGGAAGGUACUAUUUAUGCUGGAUUUCUUCUCCCUGAUUUUCCCAACAUUUUUAAGAGUCGUCUCUUCUCGAAAAUUUUGAAUCCUGGAGAAGUGUUUGUUAUCCCAGAAGGUCUUAUUCACUUCCUAUAUAAUGUGGGACAUAACAAUGCUACUGUACUCGCUUCUUUCAACAGUCAACGUCCGGGAUUCGUCAUGAUUCCGAGUGAAAUCUUUGCUUCAGAUCCACCUAUUCUCGAUGAUGUUCUUGCCAAAGGUUUCCAGCUUGAUAAGAAAGUGAUCAAACAACUUCGGAAGAAAUUCUCCUAAGAUUUUUCAUUACAGACAGGAGCGUAUCUAGAAUACAAGAUUUGGGUUCAGCUGAACCCGUACUUUCUGCUCAAACCCUGAAUAUCAGCCGAUAAACUCAUUAAAUUUAUAUAAAUAAUAGAUUUUGAAUCCAUUAAAUUCGAUAAACUACGGUAGAACUUCAAAUUUGAAUCUCAUGUAGUUCAAAUCC